AUGAUAUCAUCCUGCCAUGCAGCCCGUCUCAUCGCACUGCAUCGCGUCACAUUGCAUCACACCGCAUCGCCAUACCGCGGUUGGCAUGAUUGGAUUGACCAAGAACAAACAAGAGAAAAAAACGGAGUUUUAUCGCAUAAAAAGCUGUCUUCUGAGGGUUACCGGGAGGCGGCGUUUGGCCUGUACAAGGUUUGGUCCUUGAUCUUUUAUUUGUCAUGGGGUUGGUUGGUAGGACUUAUCUCAAGAUCGAGACGCGGCAUAAGGGACAUUUGGGAGUCUUUUUCCUUGGACAUAUUGUUCCAUUCACAUUCUUCUUGA